CAUGGCAAGCAUAUAAAUGGUUACUCAAUGGGGAUGACCAUGAGUGUUGCCUGAUCCAUGCUUGAUGAAAAUUUGUCACCGCCAGCAUGUUUCUUAACUUAAACAAAAUUUAGAGCUAUUUUCAGAAACAAUUCAAAAGUUUUAUCUUUAAAACUAAAAAUAAUAAUGUAAUCUUGACAGAAGCCAGGUGAAUAAUAAUUUGUACUAUUUAUAUUUUUGUCCUUCAAGAUAACAUACCAGAAUGAACGAUAUUUCAAAAAAUGAAUCAAAUGCAGAAAUUUCUGUACGUAAAUAUCAAGACGAUAGUGAUUUUGAUGAAGCAUUUAAAAACUUAUUACGACCUAUUGAAUCAAUCAUAAAAAAAAAGCAAUGUGAACCUCUUCAAUAUGAUCUUAUCAAGGAUUUGGAUUCAUUUUUGAAUCAUUUGAGAUUAUCUACUGAUGGAGGUGCCUUAGUAUUUGUAGAAGCUGCAUUAAUGAUUCAAAAUGUCAUACUUAUUUAUCAAAAAAGAGUUGAUCAAUUAAUUGAUGUCAUGAUGAAACUUAUUGGAAAAUUCCGAGCUUAUCGAAUAAAUGAUAAUAUUGAAGUAGAUUAUGAUACAGAAAACGAUGUAGGAAAUAAAAAAAAGAAAAAAGAAAAAAAGGUCAAAUUUUAUUCUUCUUUUGAACCAAUUAAAGGGCAAAUUGUUGGAACAUUGAAAAUUUUUGACUGCAAAGUAAUAAAUUUGAGUAAAAAACCACCUGUACAAAGAAUUGUACUAAAUGCCAAUAUAAAAGUAGAUAAUAAAUACUCUAAAAUAUUGCCUUAUAUCUGUAUUGGAAAUGGAGAAAAUAUUGGAAAGAAAUAUGAUUAUAUGAUAAAUUUUCCUUUAAAUCGUGAUUUGGCUGUAAAUGAGGAAUUUGAUUGUCCCACUAAUGAAGAUCCAAAAUCAGCAACUCCUCUCAAUUAUCGAAAAAGCACUAACCCAUUACCAAUGAAUUUAAUGGAAGUUGAUGAAAUUGAUGAAAUACUUCCGAGUACUCCAGACCCAGUCAUUUUUGAUCAGACUGUUACUGAUGAAGUUUGUGUUGCUAAUGCAAUGCAACCAAAUCCAGUAAACAUAUUGAAUGUUAGUCAAAUACCUCAAAAUACUGAAGAUGUAUGGGCUCCAGUUUUAAAUGCUAAGGAUAAUAAUUAUGUAGACAAACCUUGUGUAAAGAAAAAGGGAUCUAAAAAAGAAGACGGUGCGAUGUGGUUACCAACAUAUACUGUGGCAGAAUUAACAUGUCAAAUGUUUAGACUAAAAUCUGGUUUAUAUGCCGAUACUGUAUUUAGACAACUUAUCCAUGAUGCACUGGAAGUUCAGAGAUCCGAAACAGCUAAAAUUAAAAAAAAACGUACUAUAGCUGAAGAAAAAGAACGAUUUGAUUAUCAUGAUAAAGAAAUGGAAGAAAAAUUGAAAAAUGGUGAGGAACCAGGAUUUAUAGGCUUUGAUAGUCCAAUUCAUGACGACAAUGACUUAUUUGGAGAUGUUGACCAACAAGAAAAUGAAGAACCUAUCGAGGAUGCUAAUAUCGAAAAUUUCCAAUCAUAUCAAAGAAAUGCAUUAGAUAUGCAGAAACACGAACAAAAUCAAAUAGAAAUGAUGAAUGAACAAUUGAAAAUGCGGCAACGAGUACAAGAAUGGCAUAAUAACCUGCGUCCUAUAUUGGAAGAAGAAGAAAAAAGAAAUGAAUUUGAUGUACAUGAAUAUGGAACACGUAUAUUAAGCUGCUUUGAAUUUAUAGGAGAAAAAAAGUUAUUCAGAGAAUUAGUUGGAGGACUAGACAAAGAAGAAGUUGCUCGAUAUUUUUUGUCUUUGUUAAUGAUGGUUAAUACAUAUAAUUUGGAUAUAUCAAAUGACAUUUCCGAAAAUGAUAUAUCAAUAACACUUUUAAAGAAAGAAAGACAUCAUGAAGAACUUCAAGUUAAUAUUGGUAAUCAGGUGAAUCAAGAACAAAAUUGAUCAUGAAAAUGUAAUGUUGUAAAAAUUAUUUAAUUAACACACAUUUAAAUAUUUAUACUUCACAAACAUCAUGGACAAAACAAAUGCUAUAUGCAUAACAAUUUAGACUGGUGGUGAUCUUGUUUACCUCAAUUUUAUUAAGUUCAUAUUGUGUUCUUAUCUAUUUAAGGUAUUUGAAAUUGUUGUUAAAUUAUUACUUUAGAAAUCAAAUUUUGAAUAGAUUUCACCUUAAAAAUAUAUUACAUAUUAUAUUUUACAAACAAACCAAAUAUAAAAAAUGUUUACAUUAAUGAUUGA